AUGUUUAAACAAGAUGAUAUAGUGAAGAAGGAGUAUCGCAUCCGCUUAACUGCUUCGAUUGAUUCUUCCAGAUUCUUGUUGCAUCAAGGGUUAGCUUUUCGUGGUCAUGAUGAGAGUGAAGAUUCUAUCAAUCAAGGAAAUUUUAAGCAACUCGUCAAAUACACAGGAGACCAGAAUGAUGCUAUAGGCAAGGUUAUUUUGAAGAAUGCUCCAAAGAAUAACCAAAUGGUUUCUUCAUUGAUUCAAAAAGAUAUUGUCAACUCUUUUGGAGAAGAAGUAGUGAAAUCUGUUAUAGAAGAAAUUGAUCAUGGUGUAUUGGAUUGCUCGUUGAUGAGUCUGCUGAUAUUUCUCGCAAAGAACAAAUGGCUGUUGUUCUUCAGUUUGUUGAUAAGGGUGGUGUAG